AUGGCUUCACUUCUCAGAUGGGCAAGGACUGCCCGGCUCGUCGAAGAAGAACAUUACGAUGGAUUUAAAAUGGGGUUAUAUAAUCCUGUGAAUGUUGGGGAUAUUUUCGCGUCCAAAUAUCAGGUUGUAGGUAAACUCGGAUGCGGUGUGACUUCUCCUUCUACGGUGUGGCUAGCUCGGGACCUCCAGUGA